AUGAGCUCUGCUAGGGUUUUAGGGAAGUGUCAUCGACGAUUACGGUGUGAAGUCCGGCACCACCACCGAAACCACCACAAGGAAAGGGAGGACAAUAAUAGGCCGCCAGGAAAUAAUAAGAAAAUAAAUGAAGGGGUUUCUUAUAGGAACAUUGUAACAGGUGAGCAUGGAGGGGAGGAAGGUGAUAGCGAGAAAGAGGAGAACGAGAUGUUAGAAGAUGAGGAGAUAGAAAAUAUUACUGAUGGGCUGGAAGGGAUAACGGUGAGAAAGGGCAAGAGAGGAGGUUAUGAAUACCCUCAAAUCAUACUAUCAAAACAUGAAGAGAGGAGGAUUCAAAAACCAUGGAGAAGGGGAGUGAUUGUGAAGCUUUUGGGAAGGAAGAUUGGAUACAAGGCAUUAGAGAAUCAGUUGCAACAAAUGUGGGUGAGGAAAGGUAUCAUACGCAUAGUUGAUCUAGGGCAUGACUACUAUUUGGUGUGUUUUACUCAUGAAGAGGACAAGAAUGCGGCAAUGUCGGAUGGGCCUUGGUUCGUAUAUGAUCACUACUUAACUGUUAAGGAGUGGACACCGGAUUUUCACCCUGAAAACGACUCCAUAGUGAAUGUUGCGGUGUGGAUCAGAAUUUCAGGGCUUCCCGUUGAGUACUAUGAUCCAAAGGUUUUGCAGGUAAUUGGAAAUCUGGUUGGUCGAACAGUAAAGGUGGACAAGAACACAAUGCAAAGUGUAAGAGGGAAAUAUGCUAGAAUUUGCGUGGAGGUAGAUAUCUCGAAGCCACUCCUUGCUAUGUUCGAGUUGAAAGACAAAAGCUAUAGAGUUGAAUUUGAGGGACUGCAUUUGCUGUGUAUUAUAUGUGGCAAGUUCGGACAUUAUAAGGAGGGGUGUUCCAUGAAGAAGAAUGCUGACGAUGAUAAUCUGAACACAAGGAGUGGGAAAGGACCGGCUGUUGAUAAUAGUUUGGCAACGAGGAACACGGCAAAAGAUGAUACAACAACUGAUGAGGGUCCGUGGCAGGUAGUGCAGAAACAACGACGGAGUAAAAAACCACCGGAGAUAAAAAGGAAAGCACCGGCGACAGGAUCAUGGUUGGCAAAGGCAGGAUCUAGGUUUCAGGCGUUAGGCGAUGGAGGAGGAGAGACAAGUGGAACCAUUAAGGAAAGCUUUAAUGAGUUAGAACUGAUUAAGGAAAUUAGUGAUGGCAAUAAAAAAGUUACUAAAAAAAUGAGGAGAUUUUGA